AUGGGUGGAGCAAGGCAGUGCCACUGCUUGUUUUAUGAUUUGGGGUAUCAGAAUAUCUCUGUCACACAGGAGCAGCUUGAAGAGAAGUUCCUGGCUAACACACGGAAGAUGGGUGCAUCAAUCGAUGAACGACAGGACCAGAUUUGGCAGCCAGUGCCCGGGUCGUGCAAGAUCAAGAGGACAGACUUCGAGAAAGAUGUUCAGGUCCUAAUCCCAAUAUGGACACAGCCAGUGUGUGUGAAACCUCGCCUUUCCAUUGCUGUUGACUUAUGCAUCAAAAUCCCCACCCCGCGUGAUUGGCGUUUUGGCGGCCAUCCAACCCGCGUGAUUGGCGUCUUGGCCGCCAUGUUUCUCGUGCUCCUCUUCAUUCCACGUUACGCCUCUCCUCUCGACAACCCAUCAAAGAUAUCAACGCUACCAAUACAGAUAUCACAGGUUGCUUUGGAACAACAGACCACCUCUGUGGAUUUCUUCAUUAAUUUGGACCUAACGGUAAAGGUGCAUCAAGGCUGUGAUUUGCCUGUUACCGUUGCAAAGCUUCAAGUGCCAUUGACAAGUCCCCUGUACACAGACACGAACUCUCGAGGAAAGGGGAGCCACAGGCCUAGAAUGCAAGAAAUGUGGCCUGGGCCAUCCGAUUAUAUCAUUACGAAUUACAUAUUCCGCAACUGA